UAAAGAUAUUUUAGUGGUAGGUUAUAUAUGAAAGAAAAAAAGAAAAUUUAAAAGAGAAGGAUCAGUUUUCAUUAUGCAAAGUAAUGAUCGUUCGUUGACAAGUGUUGAGACGUCAAGCACAGUUGUUGACGUGGAGAACAAUGCAAGAUCUCUUCUCUUGGGGGAAACAGAUCUUUCCAGAAGAGCAUUGCGUCCUGUUUCACGUAGGACACGUAAAUUACAGAGAUUAGAAAAGAUCAAAUCAGCAGAUAUCGAAAUGUCACCACUCAACUCAGAGAUUCCCAAAUCUGUGAAUGUUAUGGCUGACAUUCAUUAUGAGAGUGAACGAAAUAAGAGUAUAUUCGCAGAAAGUCCUACAUUAACCACAUGGGAGGAACAGAUUAUAAAAGAUGAUGAGGGGGCAGGUGAGAGCGUGGCGAAACGGGAGGAAAUCACAACAGGAACCGCGACAGAAAGUUUUCUUGACCGCUUGAAUAAGACAAAAUUUGAAUCAUCUAAUGAAGUUACAGAAAUAGAUGAGACGCAACAUAGAAGAAAAAGAUGGAGUUGUGCUGUGAAAAAUGUGGGAGACCUAAAAGUGAAUACAAAACCACGAAGGAAACGUUGGUCCAAGGAUACGAAGCUACUCCGACUCCUUGCCGAGAACGAGGCAGGUUCUUCAUCUACAACUUCAUCAAACAGAGAUACCACGUCAAGAAAGGAAAGUAAGAGUGUCAGGGGACCAAUCCCUGCUCCUCGUUCAAAACACCUUACGUUGAAAAAAGAUAAUAUCUUCGUGGGAAGUGAAAAUCCUGCAUUUGAAUCAGACCACGAAGAAGUAUUAAUGAUAGAAACAGAUUAUAAGGACAGAACUAGGAUAGAAAUGAGAAAGAUGGAUACUCAGCAAACGUCUUCAGAGGAUGAAGAUCCUUCUGAAGUAAAUGACAAUAACACUAAUAAAGUUUUUCGUGAAGUGAAGAAUGAGAGGGUUAAAACAUCUCAUGAAAAAGUAGAGCAAGUAGUGUAUGAGAUUGUCGAUGAAACGCAAAAUGAAAUAACGGAAAUACAUAAUGAACAGCAUGAUACUUUUAUGAAUGAAAAUAAUGACAGAAUGAUUAUGCAUUCGCGACAAUUAAACGACAGUGAUGAUUCGACGGUAGAAAGUAUGAAUUCUUAUGGCUCUCAAAUUUCUGUGUUAUCGGCCAGAAGAUCAUCUAUCAGAACGAAAUUAAAUUCCCAAAAUCAAUCGAGUUCUGAAACAAAGACCUCUACUGCAAACUAUGACAGUGUUAAUAGAAAUAAAUCAUCUGAAAGGAUUCGUGAAAAGAGUUCAAGAAGGAGAGAAAGGAAGUCACUAAAGUCUAAGCAUGUAGAAGCAGAUGAAGAAGAAGAGUUGAUAAGGAGGAAGAAUAAGAAAAAGAAGAAAAGAAAUACAAAAGAUAAGAAGAAUUAUGCGAUCCUCCCUCGAGAGUUCACACAGGAAAGGAACAUUAUCAAAGAAAUGAAAUAUAUAUCAAUAACAAUUCAUGGAUCUGAUAUGUUGGAAACUGAUUACAUCACAAAACAUCCUAUGGUCAAAGUUCACAUGGUUGAUGAGAAUACUGGAAUUUAUUUAAAAAUUAUGAACAAUAAUACAAAUAAAGAGACAUACUUGCAACCUUUGAUUACUGGUAAAUUUGACUUUAAAGAAAAUCGGUCUAUCAUUCCAGUAUGGGAGGAGGAAUUGAUUUUUGAGUACGAUUUUGAUACUGUUAUAAAACCUCAAAAUGGACGAGUUUUAAUUCUUUUUGAAAUAGUGGAUCUACUUAGUUUUGCUGAGGCUAGUUUCAAUUAUGAUCGUUAUGGUAGCGAUGGUUGUUGGUAUAGAAUUGCUUGGGCUUUUCUGAAACCAUUGGGGACAAAUGGUGCGAUGCAUGUUGAUAGAAAAAUUAGACUUCAACUUUACAAGCCACAAAGAAAUCUCAAAAAAGUCAAGAGAACAAGCUGCGAGGUAUUCGAUUGGUGGAAGUCGAACAUUAGAGAAAAAUCUCCUGCUAGUCUUUGUGUUACUGUGACUUCAGUAGACCCACCCAAACUGGAGCCAGUUGUAUAUGAUCAGCUAAGUUUGGAUCAUAGUUUAUCUCAGAGAACACAUUCUACUAGUAAGAAAUCACAAAAGGGAUCAGCAAAUUAUAAAAAUAUUACACAGUCAUUAGAUGAUAACUGUCAGUACAAAAGAUCUAAAGCACAAUCUUGUAAAGUUCCAAAUGAACUGCUCUUUGAGAGUGAGAUCACUGAGAAUGGAUGCUUUUAUGUGUCAUUUAGUAAUAAUGGAAAAUACUUGGCCUGCGCUAUCUCUGAAGAAUAUAACAAUCCCAUAAUAGUAUAUGGCCUUAAUGAAGAUCCUGGAGAAAUUCUUGUUCGAUUUCUGGGACACAAAAACUUUAUUUACUCCUUAAAUUGGUCCGAGGAUGAUCAUCAUGUAUUAUCGGUAUCCUCGGAUCAGACUGCCAAACUCUGGGAUGUAUUAAACAAGGACGUGCGUUAUAUUCAGAUGCUUCCGCAUCCAUCAUACGUUUACUGCGGUAAAUUCGUGCCAGGAAAUUCUUCAAUUAUUGCAACUGGUUGUUACGACCGCAUUCCAAGAAUCUGGGCGAAAAACGGACGUUCCAAGGUUUACGAACUAGUCCAGGAAUUGAGUAGCGUUCAUCAAGGAUUUAUUACAUCACUCUGUUUUCGCAAAGACAAUACUCUCUUGACAGCAGAUAGUGUAGGAAUUAUACUAAUCUGGACUAUAAAAAAGAAUCGACUGUGCUCUUUGUCCGCCUCAUCAUCAUCAUCAUCAUCAUCAUCAUCAUCAUCAUCAUCAUUGAAUCCCUUACUAUUGAAAUGGGAAUACAGAAUGUCCGGAAAGAUAAAAAUUCGAGAACUCGAGAAUAUCAUUAUCAAUACCAUCCUGAUGCAUCCGUUGGGUUCCAGACUCCUUGUGCACUCUAGAGAUAAUUCUCUGAAGAUGUUAGAUCUGGAAACUCGUGUAGUUCUACAACGGUACCAAGGAUUAAAAAAUCGAAGAAUGCAAAUAACAGCGUGUAACUCACCAUGUGGAAGUUUAGUUCUCUGUGGCUCCGAAGAUUCUACUUUAAACAUAUGGAACCUCGAAACUGGUAACCUCGUGGCAAAGUACAAUGAAAGUCAGAAUUCUGGCGCCAUAAUAACAUGUGUAGAUUAUCAUCCACAUCGUCAUGUGAUAGCUUAUUCCGUGUUUAAAAAUCCAGCAGUAGGAGUGAAAAUAUUAAAAUACGAUAGAAAUUCUACAGGAAAAACAGUAGGCCUGCAAUUGCAUGGCAAUGCUGAAGACAUUUCUGACGUUUCCAUAGCAAUUAUUCGAAAUCGCCAAGGGUUUCAAGGUCCAUACGACGAUAACGAAGCAGCAGUAUGCAAUUCGCUUACUACGUUGAAUAGAAAAAAGAAUAAAGAACAAAAAUCUAUUAGAGAACGAUCACACUCUCGAGAUCCUUAUAGCUCUCUCAAAGAUCUCACCUUACAGCCAAAUGAAGAUCUUGAUUAUGCAAGCAAACGACGAGAGGCUCUCGCGUUAAGAAUAAGAGAAUUGAAUGAAUCCGAUGAAAAUAUCAGAACCCGCAGUGCCAACAGAUUAAGUGACAUUAUUGAGAAAAUUGAUAGAAUCCUAUCAAAUGCUGCUAUAACUUCAAGGAAAAGCUCUAGACAAGAUAUCGAAUUGACUACUAGUUCCAGUUUUUGCGACAGUAGAUCGUUAGAUAAAGGGAAUUCAGAUCUAAAGGAGAAUCUGAUAUCGAAAAUCAGUGAAAAAAAUGUAAACAAUAAGAAUGAAAAGACAAAGAGUCGUAGGUCGAAAUUACAAAGAAGAUCGCAUGAGGAUUUUCCAACUUCAAAAGAGUCUGAUAAUAAUACAGAGACACCUUCUAGUGCACCGGAUACAGGCGGGACGUACACAGUAGAAAGUAAAAGCGAUCAAGACACUUUUGAAAAUGUUAGUAGUGAUUAUUCAGGACGCAGCAACGCAACCUUUAUUAUAGAUAAUGAUGAUGAUGACAAUGAUGAAUCAUCUAAGGCUGACCAAAAAGAAAGAAAAUCCUAAUUAAUUGAAUAUCCGUAUCGCUGUAGAGAAAAUCAAACGUAUUUAUGGUGCUGUUAAUAAAUUCUUUUAUACCAAGAAAAAAGAAGUAUUGUUUGAUC